CUUUUGGAUCCAAAAAUGACUCUAGACUUCUUCCUAUAUUCGGGGUCCAGUGUGUGUAUGGUUGAUGGCUCAGUAUUUCUACUUCCACAAAGAAUGACUAAACAUCACGAGCCGCCGCCACCAUACGAGCACACCCCCAAAAUGCCGUCUCAUACCAGUGUUUCGUCAUCCGGACAACCACAUGUAACACAAGUCACCGUGAACACAGCAGCAGCAACUGGUGGAACUUGCCCAGUGUGCCACGCGGGAAAAUUUGAAUCUGCGUUUACGGUGUGUGGCUGGCUUUGCUGCAUUUUUUGUUUCCCGUGUGGAAUUAUCUGCUGUCUCUGCAUGCGCAAGAAAAAGUGUAGCCACUGUGGUUUCUCAGUUUCGUAGCAAACGGAAACUCCAACAAAAAUCUACCCGUACAUAUUUUAUCCAGUUUCUACUAGUUUAAGCAUUCUGAUUAAUUUUAGUUUGUUGCAGUAUUUUUCGAUAUAAGUUGCAUCUUGUCUGAGAAAAGUAUGCGUUUAAAAGAGUAAGAACAUGUUUUGUGUUAUAAUUUCUAUCAUGUACUCAUAGAAUUAAAUGUUUACAAUUA